AUGGACCAGAGAUUAGAAAGGAUAGAACAAAUGCAAAGGGAGAUGCAAGAACAAUUACAAGCGCAGAUGCAAGAGCAACUGGCUAAGGUACAACAAGAUAUGAAGGAAAAAAUGGAAGAAUCCCAAAAUAAUCUGAUAGGCCAGUUGGCGCAGUUGCUAGGUAGAGAACGCGAGAAAGGGAAGAGUACUAUGGGGAACAAUAAUAAAGACCCUAUCUAUCCUCCAGGCUUUGCUCCGGUAAACACUCAACCACAACCGGAGGUGCAUCCACAAAUGGUACCCGUCACUAUCAGGCCCCAGCAAUACCAGGCCAAUGCCUCAACACCAAUGAAUAUUCUUAUAGGAUCGGGCUCUAAUCCCGGGGAUAAUCCAGCUAAUCUAUUGGUCCCGGACCUUGAUGACAUGGCAGAAAUGGAGAAAGGAAAAGUAGACAUGGCAAAACAACUCGAUGAUAGGUGUAAAUGGCUUGAAGAAAAGUUUAAAGCAAUGGAGACUGUUGAUUACCGUGGCAGGAUUGACGCUAAGGACUUAAGCUUGGUCCCAGAUCUGGUGCUCCCACCAAAAUUUAAAACUCCGGAGUUCAAAAAGUAUAAUGGGACGAGCUGCCCUGAAGCUCAUAUUACGAUGUUCUGUCGAAGGAUGACAGGGUAUGUUAACAAUGACCAGCUUUUGAUCCACUGUUUCCAAGCUAGUCUGAUCGGAUCUGCGGCCAAGUGGUAUAACCAGCUCAGCCGUGCCCAAAUUGGUUCAUGGAAGGACUUGGCUCAAGCUUUCAUGAAACAAUACGGUCACGUGACAGACAUAGCACCAUACAGAAUUACUCUAGAAAACAUGGAAAAGAAGUCGGGUGAGAGCUUCAGGCAGUAUGCACAACGGUGGAAGGAAAUAGCGAUGCAAGUCCAGCUACCUCUCUUGGAGAAGGAAACGACCAUGCUUUUCAUUAAUACUUUGAAGGCCCCAUUCAUCACCAAUAUGAUUGGGAAUACUACCAAAAGUUUUUCCGAUAUGGUAAUGGCAGGCGAGAUGAUUGAGAAUGCCAUAAGAGGUGGCAAGAUUGAAAUUGGAGAAACUACCAAGAGGUCAGUUCCAAAGAAAAGGGAGAAUGAAGUGAACAGUACAAGCUCAUACAAUAGAGAUCACUCAAGGUCAAUAACUAUCAAUCAACCAAAGGUAACUACGAGAGGACAACAAGGUUCGACAAAGCAGGAAUCAAGUGUAAGGCAAAAUUUUGAAAAGCUCCAAUUUACGCCAAUCCCAAUGUCGUAUAAGGAGUUAUAUCAAAGUUUAUUUGAUUCACAUGUGGUGUCCCCAUAUUAUAUAAAGCCGUUGCAACCCCCGUACCCCAAAUGGUAUGAUUCAAAUGCUCAAUGUGAUUAUCAUGCGGGAGUAUCGGGGCAUUCAAUAGAAAACUGUACUGCCUUCAAGAAGACGGUUGAAAGACUCCUCGAGAUGGGGAUUGUGAAGUUUGAUGAUACCCUUGGUACAAAGAGUCCAUUACCAAAUCACGAUGAUAAGAGCAAAAGAUUAAAGGACUCUGUCAAAGAUGGAAAAAUAAGAAGAGGAUUAGUAGCAUUGGAUCUUGAGUAG